GGGGAACCGGGUUUGGGCCGUGGGUGUCUGGUCACGGAGGGCAGCGGUUGGGCCGGUCUCGGAGUGGGGAGGCCGGGGCCGGGCCGUGGGUGUCUGGUCACGGGGAACCGGGGCCGAGCCGGUCCCGUAGCGGGGAGGCCGGGACCCGGAAGAGUUAGGCAGGCCCGGGCCCGGCUGGGCCCGAGGCAAUCGGGUCCGGGGGCGUUGAGCAGGGCCGGUCCCGACCCGUUACGGCCUGAGGCCUCGGGUAAAAAGAGGCAGCGCCGGGCCCGGUAGGGCCCGAGGUGUCCGGGCACGGAGGUCUGGUCUGUCAGAGCCCAGCCUGUCCCUACAAGACUGCAGGAGGCCUAACGUAUGUGCUGAGCUCUCACUAUGAAUGCUAUCGUUGCCCUCUGCCAUUUCUGUGAGCUCCACGGUCCUCGCACCCUCUUUUGUACCGAGGUUCUGCAUUCACCGCUUCCCCAAGGCGCGAGCAGCGGGGACAUCUCUGGGCAGAAUGAGCAGGCAGAAGAGGAAGAAGGUGGCAUUCAGAUGAGCAGUCGGAUCCGCUCGCACAGCCCAGCAGAAGGUGCCAGCGCCGACUCCAGCAGCCCAGGGCCAAAGAAGUCAGACAUGUGUGAGGGUUGCCGCUCUCUUGCAGGAGGACAUCCUGGGUAUGUCAGCCAUGACAAAGAAACUUCAAUCAAGUAUGUCAGUCACCAACACCCGAACCACCCGCAGCUGUUCAGCAUCGUGCGCCAGGCCUGUGUUCGCAGUCUGAGCUGUGAGGUCUGCCCAGGACGAGAAGGCCCUAUUUUUUUUGGAGAUGAACAGCAUGGUUUUGUGUUCAGCCACACCUUCUUUAUCAAAGACAGCCUGGCUCGAGGUUUCCAGCGCUGGUACAGCAUCAUCACUAUCAUGAUGGACCGGAUUUACCUCAUCAACUCCUGGCCUUUCUUGUUGGGAAAAAUCAGAGGCAUCAUUGAUGAGCUUCAGGGCAAAGCACUUAAGGUGUUCGAAGCAGAGCAGUAUGGGUGCCCUCAGCGUGCCCAGCGGAUGAACACAGCCUUCACUCCCUUCCUGCACCAGCGGAACGGCAAUGCAGCCCGCUCCUUAACGUCGCUGACCAAUGAUGAAAACCUGUGGGCAUGUCUGCAUACUUCCUUUGCUUGGCUUUUGAAAGCUUGUGGCAGCCGACUUACAGAGAAGCUUCUGGAGGGAGCACCAACAGAAGACACCCUCGUUCAGAUGGAAAAACUUGCAGACCUGAAAGAAGAGUCGGAAGGGUGGGAUGGUUCUGAGGAAGAAGAGAAGCCUUCCUCCCAGCCAGAUGUUGUGGAAGGGCAGGAGCUGUCUAAAUGCUCACCUGAAACAUCUCUGCCAGAUUGCAACAGCUGGAACGUAGCUCACAGAAGGUUGUCUGUCUUUCGCUCUCUCAGGCACAUGAGACAGGUUCUUGGGGCAUCAGCAUUCCGCAUGCUGGCUUGGCAUGUUCUGAUGGGGAACCAGGUCAUCUGGAAAGCUCGAGACAUGGAUCUUGUCCAGUCUGCUUUUGACGUGCUACGGACGAUGCUGCCUGUUGGUUGUGUGCGGAUCAUCCCCUACAGUGACCAGUAUGAAGAGGCAUAUCGGUGUAACUUCCUAGGGCUCAGGCCACAUGUCCAAAUCCCAUCCCACAUACUAUCAUCUGAGUUUGCGGUCCUUGUGGAAGUUCGCACUGCUACCCGGUCCAGUCUCUACCCGACUCUGUUCGAUGAGGAGCAGUCCCUCAACAAGUACGAGUUUGUUGUCACUAGCGGUAGCCCUGUCGCAGCAGAUCGAGUUGGCCCUACAAUCUUGAACAAGAUCGAAGCUGCCCUGACCAACCAGAACCUUUCUGUAGAUGUUGUGGAGCAGUGCCUUGUUUGCCUAAAGGAGGAGUGGAUGAAUAAAGUGAAGGUCCUCUUCAAAUUCACCAAAGUGGACAGCAGACCCAAGGAGGAUACCCAAAAACUGCUGAGCAUUCUGGGAGCUGCUGAGGAGGACAAUGUCAAGCUCCUCAAGUUCUGGAUGACUGGCCUGAGCAAGACAUACAAGUCCCACCUGAUGUCAACUGUUCGCAGCCCAACGUCUUCAGAGUCCCGGAACUAAAGGGUGCCCAACCUCACUUGCUGCCUUCGGAUAAUCGCAGGGAACACCGAGUUACCACUGCUGAGCCUGCAGCAUGUGCAUUAAGCGGAUAGUGAAACUUCAUCACUAUUCUUCUGGUCCUCAAACUAACUUGAAGAGUCACUUGAGUCUUUUCUAAUUGCUGUGAGACUGGACUAAUAAGUGCUAAUAAAUAGUGCUGCUGUCUGUCCUGAAACUCAACUCUAAAUCUAGACCUCCACGCUCAAGACUAAAAUACAGCAAGACUCAAAGAAUCAGUGUGAAUGAAUUAAAAUCCCAUACUGUCCUCACUAAGCAUUACGGUGUGGCAGUAGACCUCAGUUUUAGAUUUCAUUGGCAAGACUUGGAUACCUGUGACAACAUCGAGAACUCCUGGGAGUGGAUACAGUUAAUCUCUCCGAAUCCCACAUAAGUUGCCUAAAUGCCUGAUAGAACAAGAUCCAAAAAUAAGUGACACGUCACAGGGUAUGGAUCACGUGUAAAUUAUUUCAAACCACUUUAUGCUUGGAUUUAAGAAGAGACUAUUUUCUGCUGUAGCAUAAAUCAGGAUAUCCCAUUGGAGUCACGUCGCUCCACUUUAUUUAUUUAUAUCUUAAUUUGAGACAGAUUCAGCAUUUGCUUUUGAAAUCUUGUCUGGGAGGGAGAAUUGUAAUAUAUAAAGUCUCAAAAUGCAGCCUGCUUGCCUCUCUAGAGGGUAAAAUACUCGCCUUGUUUUGCCUGCAGUUGCAAAACUUCCAGGCAAUGAAGAUAACCUCGCCAGGACACUGUUGCUGGUGUUCUUCUCUCUUCAGAAAUAGUUUUCUGGCUUCCUAAUUAAGUUAAGCAGAACAGAUCCAACCUGUAGGUGCUCCCUUCUUAUAUAACUAUUGUAGCCAUUUUUGCUUAACAGUUCACCAAAACAUUGGUACAUUUUUUUUAAUUACCUAAACAGAUAUUCCUUAUCUGUAAGGAAUUACUGUUUCUCUUGUGAAGUCUUCUUUUUUUCCUUUUUAUUUUUUUUUUCUGGAUCAUUGUUGGGAAAACUUGACAUUACCGUAGACGUUUUUAACAAGCUAGAGGCAGGUUUUACCAGGUGACCUCCUACACUCAUUCAAACAAGACUCGAGCUCAGAGGCGAUGUUCCAACUUGUCACGAGUUCUGUUCUUAAAUAUAAAAUAUGCAGGUUGAUUUUUUGUCUGGAACAUCUGUAAAAUGGCGACAGGCAUUAAAUCUCAUUAAGAGCUAUUUUUGUAAAAUGGACAAAGCCUAGUUUUGUGUUGAUUUUCAGUGUGUGUGUAUGUGUGUGUGUUGAUCCACAAGGUAAUUCCUGCAUUUUAGCCUUGAUCUAAUUUACAGAGUUUAACUGGUCUUUUCUUCUUCACUUUGUAUGUAUUAGUUUCUUGUAUAUAUGGAGCAAGAGAUGCUCAGAUAUAUUAACUGAAAAUGCUUGACUGGUCAUAGACAACUGCAGGAUAUUCAAACAGCAAACAGAUGCUUGGAAAAAGGUAUUGCUCUGUUACUUCAAAAACUAACUACUUAUUUAAUUUCAGGGUUUGCAAAAAGGCUUGCAUCUCCCACUUGUCAGUAAGGAAACACGAGACAAAAGAGGUGCUCAAGCUCCAUCCACAGAAAAGGAAGCUUUGAAUAAUAUAUACAUGUUGCUUCCUUGGUGCUAGUCAUGAUAGUGGGAUAAAAGUGACAGAAGCAAUUAGAAAAGCAUGGACUAGUAUAUCAGAAUUUCCAGUGCUAGGUCGGUGCUCGCUCUUGUGGCUACCUUUUAUGUGAUGCAGUACUCAUUUUUGUACUUGAAAGCUAUUCUGGUCCAAUUUGGAGCUGUGUAACAGAACAGGUAAGGCAUUAUUUGGUGUUUAGACCUUCUUGACUGCUGAACUGUGUUUAUCUUUUGAAGAAUAGCUCUCCCAAGCAAUCCAACAUGAAAACCUAGUCUCUACCAGCCCGCAGUCGGUGCAUAAGCACCCAUUAGCAAAGCCCGUGUUUCUGAACAGAGGUGUGGUUUCUUCCGAAACAGCAAAAAAGUGGUCACAAGGUCAAGCCUGAGGCUUCAUCUCCUGCCUUGUGCUUGUGUAAGCAAUGAGUUGUAUGCAAUGUUGAUCGUCCUCAUCUGAAACGGGGCUGUGUCACAGACAAGCAAACUCUGGAUAACGUACCAUUUUUGAGCCAGGGCAAGGAAACCACAGGAAAGAAGGGGGAGAGUUACCAAGUCUGUGAACCCAGGGCUCCUGCGUAGCAUGAAACCAGCUGUGCUCGCCUGCCAGAACAGAUCUAGAUGUGGGAUUACCAAAUAAUUGGGCAAGUUCCUGCAGCUCGCAGAUUAGGCCGUGGGUGCUCCUUUUGCCGUCAGCCAUAGCUGGAAUGUGCACAACUUAAUUAACAAAAAAGCAUGUCUGCAGCCAUCUCUCACCACCCUCCUUCCCUCUAAACGAUAUGCCUUAAAGACAAACUGAUUAAAGCAGGAUGUUUCUUUA